UCACAAUACAGAUGUACACGCGUACACAUCUCAAUCGAAAUACACUGAAAAACAUAUAAAAACCAACAGACAUUUUUAAGAAAUAGGAAAUUAUAAAAAUAAUAAAGAAAGAGCCUAAAGAAGAGCCUAUUAAUUAAAAAAUAUAUAAACAAUGGAAACUAAGACAACAGAACCUCAAGAUGAAGAGUUGCAGGCACACGAACAACAAGAAACCACUGAUGUCGACGACUUACUCGAAAGACUUUCAGGAGAAAGUGAACAUUCCACUACAUUGGCUCCUGAUGUCAAGUCGAUCAUCUCGCAAGACAGUGGGAGGAUGGUGGAAAUCAUUAGAAAAAAUGAGAGGAAGUUAUUGCUAAGGGAAGUCCUGGAUCGCCUUAAGGAGCGCGAAGAACAAGAUAAUGAUCAGAAAUCUGUUGCUAAGUCAGAAGAUAAGAAAAAGAAGUCGACCAGUUUUAGUAGUAAAAGGUCCAGGCUUGAGCAAAAGGAAGAGGGUGAGAUAUGGACGAAGCUCGAUGAUGAAAUCGCAGAUGAUGCGACCCCCAGGCACUCGGAUUUGUCCACUUUCGCAGCGGCUUUGCUCGUGGAUGAACCAGGAGAGGAUGAAGAACUUCCCACUCCCAUGGAAUCAUCCUCGGAAUCAGAACCGGACACGGUAAUAACCCAGCGAUCCAAGAGCAUUGAUCCCAUGCAAUUGGCAGUCAAAUCUCUGAUGCUGGUACCCAGUCUCUCAGAAAUUUCACUGUCUAGCGAGCCGGAUGUCCAACGCAAAUCGGGCAAGUCUAUUAAAUCAGUUAAGUCAUCCGGCUUUAGAGACCCCUUAGGCGAUGAUGCCGGCAGUUCAUUUUCCGAAGAAGCGCAGGAGGAGUCCAGUCAAGCGGGCAACGAUUCCAAGGUCUUUAAGGUUGGAGACCAAUUAGAAGAUUCGGAUUCGCUACAUGAUUCGUCGAUAGUGUCCAUACCGGAAGUCCGAGAGCCAAAAACCGCGGAAAAGAAAGUCGAAGACUACAUGGACUUUGAAAGCAUGUUUGUAGUUAAGGAGGAGAGAACCAUUUCGAUUAACACCGACAGUGAAGAUGACCUUAGGUUUUUGGAGACGCAAGAGAUAGUACGAGACUUUAUCAAUAAUUUGGUUAAAAAAGUGAUUGCUAGCGAACGACCAGGUUCCAGUGAUUUUAUUCGGAAAAGGCUAGACAAAGAGAAACUUCUGGCCGCUCUACAGAAGCACGUGCAUGAUUAUGUCUUGAUUAAAGAUAUGAACAAUCAGCUGGAGGAUCGGAUGGUCGAUUACUUUCGUCGCCUCAAGAACUUCCGAGCCUUUGACACUCUGGCCCAGGCGGACCAAGUAACCUAUCGCAAUCGCCAUGAACAGGCCCUGGCUUAUCUAGCCUAUGGCCAAGAACGCCUCGAAAUGGUCAAGAAUAAAUACGGAACCCUAAUGAGCUCGGCACUUAUGGAUCUCAGUCACGCCAUGCAUAUCGUCAUCAGCACGGAGGAGCAUCUGGAGCAGACAAUACGACGUCUUCUUGUUCGACCGGACGCAGAGACCGAUUUCAUGAAACGUUUCGUUUCCCGGGAACUGCGUCUGAUGUCCGAGCAUCGGAACAAAAUCAGCGAUACCCGGCUUAUACUCAUUUCACGGAAGCACACAUUGGGUCUCAUCACGGAUCAUAUAGCAGAUGUGGAGACAGUGUGCGACGGGGUGAGCAUGAAAGACUUCAUCACUGUACAAGCCAAAAUGUUUGGCUUAGAAAAGAAACUUGAAGAACGAAAUAAUGAAUUGAAAAGGCAGCGCCUUCAAUACCACACAGAUCUGCAUUUGACUAAGCACGCUCGAGAGAAGUCCCUUGAAAUAAAGGAAAAAAUCACGGAUCUUAAAGAAGAUCUACUGACUAAAACGAUCGUAAGAAACAAGCUAAAGACGGAGCUGUGUAACGGUAAAGUGGAGCACAAGAGGAUUAGAGCGAAGAUCCGUGACCUAACCUAUCGAGGUGGUAUCUUGGCUAUGCCUGCCCUGAUGUACGACUACGAUCGAACGGUGUCGUACAUAAGAGAAAAGGAAGGAAACGUCUCAAAUCUAAGAGACACUUUUAGAUCUAUUACCAAUCAACUUCAAAAAAUAGAAGUGCAAUAGCCUUAUAACAGGGCUAUUUGAACUUCACCUAAAUACAUAUUUUCACAAAAACAA